AUGGAGCCUUCCUCGCAGAAUCCCCACCUCCCUCCGACUCCAGGAUCCCCCGCGGCGCGGCCCCUCCUCGUCCCGGGUCCGGCUUGGCCGCGAGCGGCGGAGGCCACGGCGGGCGCGGGGGCGCAGGGACGCCGCGCGCUGAUUGGCCCGAAGUUAGCGGCCCGCACCCGCGCCCGGCACGGAGCCUCGAACCCGGAGGCCGGGGAGCCGACCCGCCCGCCCGCGCGCUGCGCCCGGCGGCGCGACGUGCCCCACCUUCUCCGCCUCUGGGGUUUGACUCUGAACUAG